AUGUUUGGAGGCAAGAAAUACUAUGGCCUGGUGGGCACCAAACUAAAUGUCGCGGUCGGCGUUAUUGCCGGUCUCGAUUUCCUGCUCUUCGGUUAUGAUCAAGGUGUCAUGGGUGGUCUGCUCACUCUCAAAUCUUUUGUUCGCACCUUUCCCGAGAUCGACACACUACACCCCCCUCUGAAUCAAACCAAAGCAUACACCUCGACCGUCCAAGGUAUCUCAAUCGCCUGUUACAAUUUGGGAUGCUUUGUGGGCGCUUUGAUGACGAUCUGGAUUGGUGACUGGCUUGGUCGCCGUAAGACAAUUUUCUUGGGAUCUGCUAUUAUGGUUGUUGGCGCUACACUACAAACAUCUGCUUUCUCUCUUGGCCACUUGAUCGCCGGCAGAAUCAUCACUGGUCUCGGAAACGGAAUGAACACAUCCACGGUACCUUCUUGGCAGAGCGAGUGUUCGAAAUCGCAUCGUCGUGGUCAAAUGGUCAUGAUCGAGGGUGCCCUUAUCACUGGCGGUGUAAUGCUUUCGUAUUGGAUUGAUUUCGGCUUCUCGUUCUUAGAGCCUUCAACUGUCUCGUGGCGCUUCCCCAUCGCGCUCCAAAUCUUGUUCGCCCUCAUCAUCCUUAUAUUUAUCAUGGGCCUGCCCGAGUCGCCCCGUUGGCUGAUCAUGAAAGGAAAAGAGGACGAGGCUCUCAACGUCCUGUGUGCGCUGAACGAGAAGGACUCUGAAGAUCCCUACAUUGUUGCCGAGUUUGCCGCCAUCAAAGAUUCCGCUCUGGUCAUGCAACAGGGAGGCUUCAGGGAUCUGUUCACCAUGGACGAGGACCGCAACUUCCACCGUGUCGUCCUUGCCUACGUCAAUCAGAUGUUUCAACAGAUCUCAGGAAUCAACCUCAUUACUUAUUACGCGGCUAACAUCUACGAGACGAGUAUCGGUCUCUCGCCUUUCCUUUCACGUAUCUUAGCCGCAGCCAACGGAACCGAGUACUUCGCCGCUUCCUGGAUCGCUGUCUUCACUAUUGAGAAGUUCGGGCGUCGCCAGCUCAUGUUGUUCGGUGCUGCAGGUCAGGCCGCCGCUAUGGCAGUUCUCGCUGGUACCACUUCCAGGACAUCGUCUGGUCUGGGUGUCACUGCUGCAGUCUUCCUCUUUGUCUUCAACACAUUCUUCGCCAUCGGCUGGUUGGGUAUGACCUGGCUGUACCCUGCUGAGAUUGUGCCUCUUCGUAUUAGAGCCCCAGCCAAUGCUCUGGCCACUUCGGCCAAUUGGAUUUUCAACUUCAUGGUCGUCAUGAUCACCCCUGUCGCUUUCGAGACUAUUGGAUACCAGACCUACAUUAUCUUCGCUGUCAUCAACGCCUUCAUCGUCCCCUGCGUCUACUUCUUCUACCCUGAAACCCGUCUUCGUUCCCUCGAAGAAAUGGACGAGAUCUUCCGCAACACAACUUCCGUCUUUAACGUCGUCAAGGUUGCUCGCGACACACCCAACCGCUACGGCAAGUCAGGCGAACUUCUCAUCAAUUACCUCGACACCGAAGCUGCUGCUGGCGCUAGACGUCGCAGCUCAUUGGUUGAGCCCAGGUACGGCAAGACCGGUGGCAAGGCUGAUGGCGAGAGAGUUGAGAGAUUGGAGACUGGAUAUGGAUCCAGCUCUGCAGGAUCGGCAAACAACGAAAAGGUGUAG